CUCUCUUCUGCCAGAGAUCAGGAAGCGCAGACGUAAAACGGUGCAAAUCAUGGACCAUCAUACGAUGUGAUAUGUCAACGGUGCCUAGUUUGAAGUUGCCUUAGUCCAGGACACAGCAGACCAGGAUGGCUCUAAUAGAGGGGGUGGGUGAUGAGGUCACCCUGCUCUUUGGAGUGGUUUUCCUGGUGCUCAUCCUGGUUCUGGCCUGGGCCUCCACUCACACUGUCGAACCCCCUGAACACCUCCUCUCACCUAGCCCAGGGACCACCCCCUCCACAGAGACUGACACCCAGGAGCCACUGCCCCCGGGUAACACGGACACGUCGCCCGGCCAUGUCAGGGAGAACGAUAAGAGUGAGCCUGGAACUGAAGCGGGAGCGCAGGGGCAGAGCCCAGAUGGCAGUACGGCAGGAGGAGGUGAGGGAGGGCUUCUGGAGGAAGCGCAGAUUGGGAGGGAUGGGUUGAGACAUCGAGAGGCAGCGGGACCCUCUUUUUUGACUCCAACCGGUACCCCAAGUGCCACGCAGCCUUCUGCCGAAGAAGCACCGAACGACACCCAAAGAAACAUGGUGCUCAGGCUGAAGUUCUUGAAUGAUACGGAGAGGGCGGCGCAAGUGAAUCCUCAAGACACAAUUGGUUACAUUAAAAGGACUUAUUUUGCUGGACAGGAGCACCAGGUACGUCUGAUUUACCAGGGCCAGCUCCUUCAGGACGAUGCACAGACGCUGGUGUCUCUCAACCUGGCUGACAACAGUGUUCUGCACUGCCACAUCUCGCAGCACGCCACACGAGCGAUGCCCGCAGGGGCACGUGCUGCUGAUCAGGUGCAUGUGGCACUUAACGUUGGCAGCCUCAUGGUGCCUCUGUUUGUUUUUAUGCUCUCUGUGCUCUGGUAUUUUCAAAUUCAGUACCGGCAGUUCUUCACCGCACCUGCCACGGCCUCACUCGUGGGCAUUACCAUCUUUUUUAGUUUUGUUGCGUUUGGGGUGUACCGCCGUUGAUGGCCGAUUCUGAACACUCACGUUCAGCACAUACAUGUUUGCACACACACAGACACAUUCUUUGCACUUGCUCACCAGUGCCAGUUGCAAAAUCUUCUGGGAUUUCUGAACUCUGCAGGUUCGCUGAAGGCUGUGAUUUCAGAGAUACAUCUCUGAGAUUUGUGUUUGUUUGUUUGAUUGAUUUAGGUUUUUGUCUUAUUGUUUUGUUCAUCACUUUUGCCAUUUUCAUCUGCACCAAGCUUGUCACAGAUAGAAACGUGGUAUAUUUUUGAUUUUUAAAUAGAUUUGCUUAUCAUACCUGUCCUCGUUUUCUUAUUUUUUCAUAUGCGCGCUGCCAGUGUGAAAGUUUCAAGCAGGGGCUCGUCUGGCUGUCUGUCGGACUUAAACUGUAGUAAAGCAAGGCAGGCACAACUGCUCUUAUAUGUUUGGACAUUUAAAAUUAUUUGUGUACAAUAUGGCUUUUGAAACAGAGAAAUAAUCUAUUAAAUCAUUCUUUUAUUUACUGGU